AUGCUUCCGCGCCUCGGGUCGUUCAACUCUCAACCAGCCAACUUCCAGGUUUUCCGCCAAGCUGCUGGAGGUCCGCAUUUCGCCAACCUGGUGUUCCGCGAAAGUCCUCUCUGUCCAAAAUCUUCCGCAGACGUGUUCAAAGUCGGAGCACCCAAACCCCACCGGGUGCUUUCACCAAAGUCGUGCUCCCCCCUUCGAUGCACGGUGCGCGCUUCCGGGGCGCGCACCCCAUUUUCACCGCACCCCGCCAACUACACCGGCUUGCGCGCGGCUGGGCCGAAUCCUCCGCCAAUUCUGCAUGGCGCGUCCCCCUCCGCAUCUGCGACGUCGUCGCUGGGUCGCAUCGCGAGCCGUGCGUCGCUUUUCGUCGUAACGCCCACUGCCGCCGCGGAAGCCUUCGACCUUUCUCGUCCGUCCGUUUUGCUCGGAGCCGGCGCUGCCGACUGCUGCCAACCUCUUCCUCUCGACUGCGACUACAGCGGCGCCUGCAGCGCGGCCGGCGUGGAAAUGCAGGAGGGCAGCGGUUCGAACUUCGACGAGUCAGAUAUGUUCAGCGACAUUCCCGCCGAAGCGCAGCGCUUCGCGGGAAAACCGUGUGAAGAAUCGACGCAAUCCAACGUGCGCGGAACGAAGAGGGCUGCGGAUGGGCCACUGGAGCGGAGAGUCCGCGGAAAGGCGGAAGCGUUCAGCGCAACGAGCGCGGAUUGCCGCGGCGCGCCUAAUGCCAUCUCACCCUCGUCAAGCCUCCCUUGGUGGGUGCUCGAGGCGCUCGGGGAAGAACACGAGGGCGAAGGAGAGGUGGACGGUUGUCCGCCAGCUUCAGCUUCCCCCGCGGACUCUGCGUGCUCCGCCGCUGCAGGCAAUCACCCGCGCGGCAGUAGGAUUGGCGGAGGCCUGGAGGAGACUGACUGCACGCUUUCGAGGGAGUUUGCUUGCGGUGAAGAUAUUUUUUCCUCGGAAGAUGCGCAGUCUUUAGCUACCGUGGUUCCUCCGAGUUAUGUGAGCCGAGCUGGUGCCUGCUUAUGGUCGGAAACGCUCGGCGCGGAGGACAUCGGCGCUCUGCUGCAGGCGGAGCUUUGCGGGGACUCAUUUACUGGGCGGAGCGUGGUGGCGGAAGGGGAGGGUUCGGCGGAAGCUGAGGGGCCGUUGGAUGACCUUCGCGCGGAUGCUGUGCUGCACGCGCAGUGCUUUGCGGACGAGGCGGAGAUUGGGGAGAAGCUUGAAGUGGAGGAGCGGGAAGCUGCGCAGUGGGAUGUGGCGGGUUUGGGGAUGUGGUGCUGGGAGGAGCGCUUGGUCGCUUGCUAG